AUGGCCCCCCCCAGAAAUGUCCGGGAACUUCCAGGUGCCUUGCUGGAAGAGUGGGGUAACAUCUCACAGCAAGAACUGGCAAACCUGGUGCAGUCCAUGAGGAGGAGAUGCGCUGCAAGACCAGAUCUACAGAUCUGGGAGCCACUCACUCAGCGCUUCCAUCGAGUCAUUGCACUGGACUUCCUGGGCUUUGGCUUCAGCGAUAAGCCAGGACCCCACAGGUACUCUAUCUUCAAGCAGGCCAGUGUGGUAGGGGCCCUGGUGGCUCACUUGGGUCUGAGCAACCAGCGAGUGACUCUGGUGUCCCAUGACUAUGGAGACACUGUGGCCCUGGAGCUGCUCUUCAGGACUGACCAAAACCGCCCAGGACACCUCAUCAUUGACAGCCUGUGUCUUUCCAAUGGAGGAUUAUUCCCAGAAACCCAUUACCCACGUUUGCUGCAGACGUGCACAUGAUCUACGGACCCCUGGACCCAGUCAGCCCUCAUCCUCAGUUGAUCCGUCUUUACCAGGUGAGGUGAAUCCGUGGCAGCCUGCUCAUAAGCCCUGCUUGGCCAGGGCAGCGGUGACAUCCUGGGCCAGCGUGGAGAGCUGGGGCGACUCCAGCACGUUGAUGCUGCCAGAGGAGGACAGGUGAGGGGAAGUGCCUCCCGUCCCGACCCCGGGGGAGUGGGUGAUGACGAUUUCAGCGCCGUGAUCCACCCGAGCUUUGGCCGUUUCCCGGAAGCUCAGCUUGUGGCUCUCGAUCUGGUGGGUGCAGGGAAAAAAAAACAAAUAAAAGAAGAGUUAAGGUCAGGGGUGUAUUCUCUUCUUAACAGAAACUGGCAGUGACAGGACGCUGCAUUUGUGUGCUUCUUCUUUUUUUUUUUUACCAUAACAUUCCCCCCUCCAGGAGUGUGGCUGGUGUUGCCCAGGGAGCCGACCUUGGCAUGGGCCUUGUCUUUAAAGUCCAGCUUCACAUUCUCGAUGCGCACGUUACCCCCCCCUGGGAACAGGACAGAAGGAGAAGAAAAGGAUCAAACCCACGGGGCAUCACUCGCCUGCAGGAUUCAGUAACACACAGGGCACGGCAGUAUGGUCGAAAUCAUCGUCAGGAAUAUUUUCCUAUUUCCACAUCAUGGCAAAAAAUAUGCACAAUCACAACUGAUGCCUAAAGCAACCAGGUGCAUUCCACUUUCCUGCAUCGCAUGAAACCAAACAGGGCAUAGCAAACACUAAUAGCCAAUUGUUCAUAUUAUCAUUCAGUCCUUCCAGAAAAAUGUGGUGGUUUUUUUGUGAUUGUUGCGGGCAAAAAU